AUGCCAGUUUCGACACACAGACCUUACUUUGCUAAGUUAGCGCUGGGAGCUUGUUCCGUCUUUAAGUGGCAGCCCUGCGCGAGCCGCCCCGUGGUCCGACACAGAAGCCCCGCGGCCGACUCAAGUGCCGCCGUCCGACACAGCCCCUCCGCGGCCGACACGGUAUACCUGGCGCCGGCCGCCACGGCACUUGGCGCCGGCCGACACGGCACUUGGCGCCGGCCGACUCGCACACCCAGCCGCGGCCGACACGCCCACCCCGCCGGUCGCUUCCAUGUACAGCUGCGUGACGUGGGAGUGAAGAGCCUGAAGCCCAAGAACUUGAAACCGCUGGUGAAUUUGGAUCAUGCCAUCCUGGCCCAUCAGCUGGUUGACAUGGAUGGCUCUGAUCCUUGUGCCAAUGUGCCGGCCACGGUGCUUGCCAACCGGGUGGCAACUCUUCUGUGGUUCCUGGGCUUUCAGCGAGGCGAUUGCACAAAGACAAGCUGCGACCUGUUUCAGGGCAUCGAGUGGAACAAGGACUGUGAAGUGCGCGGCAUAUCUUUGCCGGGAGAUGACAGCCUUUCAGGCAACUUCUCUGCGCUGAGCGACUUCCAGUUGGAACACCGGGAGGCUUUGCUGGAAGCUUUGGGGCCACUGGAGCGGAUGGAUUUGGCUAAGACGCGGAUUGCCGGAGACCUGGCGAUUUUGGAAGCGAUGCCGAAGCUGAAGGCUUUGAACCUCUCCAUGACGCACAUCGUUGGACGCCUGGAAGUUUUUCAGUUCACUCCAAAGCUGGAAGAGCUGGAUUUGGCGCAUAGCUCGGUACUUGGUGAUGUGAAGGUCUUUGAAAGCCUUCCUUCCUUGCGAAGUCUUCGUUUGCGGCAGACAUGGACCUCCGGUAAUGCAGAGGCGUUAAAGGGUUGUCUGCAACUUGAACUGUUGGACCUUUCGUGGACGCGUGUGAGGGGAUUCUUUGAAUUUGGCCUUCCCAGAUUGAAGGACUUGGACCUGAGUGGAGCACAAAUUAGAGGCCAUGCGGUCCUGUUGCUUCGGAGCCUCCGAGGCGUCCGGGCACCGCUGCGGCGCAUUUCGCUGUCCUGGACAGCCUUCUCGGGCACCACGAUGAGUUUAGCGCGUUGGUGUCCCAUGGAGCAUUUGGCCCUUGCAGAGAGCGAGGUCUACAUACGACUCAGGCAUUUCUGGAAAUGCAGUGAGUUGAGAACGUUGGAUCUGUCGGGUUCAAGGACCCGUGGAGAUGCCUCUGAGCUCCGAAACCUCCCCCAGCUGGAGGAGGUUGAUCUCAGCUCUACCAAAAUCUCGGGAAGUUUGGAAGUCUUUCGUUUUCUCCCCAAGUUGCAAAAGCUACAGUUAUCUGACACCGUCGUGUACGGCGACAUGUCUGUCUUUUCCAACACCCCGGACUUAGUCCGACUGCAGCUGCGGAAUACCAAAGUCAUGGGGCGCUUCAAAGCACGGGCACCACUGAAGAGCCUGGAGCUCCGACACUUGGAGGAGCUCACCGGAUCCAUAUCCACAGGUGCUAAUCUAGAAAAGCUGCGCAUGGCAAGCGGAGCUUUGAGAGCUCAAGGGUUGUCCAGCCAUACGACGGUGGACUUUAACGAGGCCCUUGAGAUCUUUGCAACAACGAUCCAGGAUCUCCCCAAGGAUCCCCGUAUGGAUCACCACAUGGACAAAGCCAAGGUGUACCUAUGCCUGAUGCUCCUGCUGGACUUCCCCAACAACAGCUUCAAGGAGUUCAAGCUGAAAUGGCAGAGCUCAUGCGAAUGGCGGCAACAGCUGCGACGGCUGCAGCUGAGGCGGCAAAGGCUGCCACUGGUGCUUCACAGGGAAGUGCACCUGAUAGAAAGAAGGAGCUCUACAAGCUCAUUCCAAAACAACCUGCGGUGCUUGCUCCAGGAGACCGAGAACAAGAAGUGGCGCAAUGGAGAGAUUGGUACUGCAUGGAGUCUGAAACAGUACCUGACUGUCAUCGACAACAAGUUCGAGGAUGACAUCGCCUAUGUGGAAAGAAGCAAUGCGACUGAGGUCGACAUAGACUUGCUGGAGGAUGAGGAAAGACAUAGAGGUCGAUUCCUUUACAGCCUGCUGAGCUCACUCUUGCAAGGACGUCUUCUCAGUCUUGUGAGAAAUGUGGAUAGAUCUAAUGGACUUGAAGCUCUGAGGCAAUUGUUGGAGAAUUGCCAACCUCGCGCAAGAAACCGCACGAUGUCGAUGUUGCAGAGCAUCAUGUCCCACCCCAACUUCGUGAUGAAGAACUCCAUCAUGUCGCAGUUGGUGAGACUUGAGGAGCACUUCGUCCAGUUUGAGAAAAUGGGUGGAAAGCUGACUGAUGAGAUGAAGUCAGCUGUGGUGCUCAAAUGUGUGAGCGGACCCCUGAAAAUCCACUUGAAUCUCAGUCUCAACGAGUCCAGCACCUAUCCACAAAUUCGAGAGGUCAUCAAGGCCUAUGACACAGCCACUACAAAGUGGACAGAUAGCGUGAGCAGCUCUCCGUACUCACCUCAAACUGCUGCAGAUCCCACUGGUUUGGAGUACAAGCCUAUGUCAAUCAAGAGCACUACAUUUGGUGGUGAGACCAACGAGCGUUAUGAGCUCGACACCAAUGAGGUUGACAUCAUCAUUGACUCUGGGGCUGAUGCACCGAUUUUUCCAUCGAGCAUGAUCCACUGCGGAAGGCAAUGUGAUGGUCAGCAAGUGGCAUUGCAAGAUGCUCAAGGCAGGGCAAUUCCACUACUUGGACAGCGAUCGGUGGCAGUAGUCUUGGAGGACAAGAAUGGAGUGGAGAUAGAAGUGAGAGACAAUGUGAUCUUUUCGGAUGAGAUCAGCCAGCCCAUUUUGAGCUUUGGAAGGCUGAUGAAUGCAGGAUGGAGCAUUUGUGCUCAAACCAGAAGUCUUCGCAAUGGAGCCUACGAGAUUCCCUUGGACUUCCAGAACAACAGCUUGAUCGUUCGAGGACAUGUUCGAACGAUUGGAGAGCAGCCUCAAGCGAUUCGAGCUUUGAAGGCAAGCCUACGUGGACAAUGCCUUUGGAUGGCAUCGAGAUGGAACACGUUCAUCGAGGAGACACCUGGGAAAACAACAGUGGUCACAUUCUUGACCGAUGGUUUUGAAGAUGUCGAAGCUAUGGGCUUUGGUGUCAAAGGAGGUGAAGAACGAGCUAUACUGGAAGCUCUUGAAGGAGAAAUCCAGCCAAUGCUCGACAUCCCCGAGGAUGUGCAGUUGGAACAACAGGAGCUGGAGCUACCUCCUGAAGUUCCAGCAGGUAAUGGAGAAGUUCAAGGAGCUGGAGAUGCAGAACAACUUCAACUACAAGUUCCACAAGAAGGAGAAAUCGUGGUUGGAGAAGUGCUGCCACAUCAGAUCGAGGUUGACGGCAACGUGUUGACUGUGGCUAGCAGUUUGGCAACUUUGAGGGCAGCAUGUGACUUCUAUGGUGUGAGCCGAUCAGGGAGCAAAGCGAAGUGCUACAGGAGGUUGUGUCAGCAUCAGAAGACACUGUCUGCACAGGCAGCAAUUGCCCAGACUCAAGGAGUUGUUGAGAGGCAUCCCAAUGCUCAAACUUUGGUGAAGCCUCCAGACCCGAAACAACAGGAGUUGCACGAGCUGACCCAUACUCCUUACGAGCCCUGGUACACAGCAUGUUUGAAACAUCGAGCACGACCUGAUCCACAUCGACGAACUGGAGAAGCUCACAACACAAGCAUCCCCAUCAUCUCUAUGGACUUCUGUAUGACGAAGAAGAAGGAUGGCUUGGACCCACAACCAGAGGGAGUGAAAGAUUCAGCUGGGAACUCAUUGGCUGAGAACAGCAUCCAGCGCAUCAGGCAGCUUGCUUGUACUUUGGUGGAGGAUGUGACUCAAGGCAAAAGAUAUGAUGGAAAAGUUGCACGAUUUGGUGAACCGGUCUAUGGGUAUUGCAAGAGCCGUGGCAAGGCCGAUGCAAAGUGGAAAGUUGGUUUGUUCCUGGGCAAAACCGAGAACCAGGAUGCAUGGAUCAUUGGAGAUGGAGUUGAUGUCAUGCUGAGUCGCAGCAUUCGAAGGGUAGAUCGCCCUUGGGCCAACUUCCUUGCCUACUAUUAUAGUGGCUUGCAAACCCACAGCUUCGUGUACCAGACCAACUUUGGUGGCAGAAUCGUUCCGACGAAGCGCAAGAUCAUCCCGCAGAAACAAGAUGGUCGAUUGCUUCCCAAACUGAGCGAGGUAGAGAGACGCUUUGCUGACGAAGAGGCCGAUGCAGUUUUGGCCUAUGCUCGUUCCAGACAGGGACGAUUGGAAGCUCAACAAGAAGUUCAACAAGCACUUGCAGAACUUCCUGAGCAAGCACCCCCAGGAUCGGGAGUCAUUGUGGAGGAGAUUGCAGUAGCUCCACAACAUGGACAGGAACUACCAGCAACAUCUACAUCUUCAGAGACAUCCCAGCCAGCGAAUACAGAUCUUUUGGCAAGACCUUCUUCACCACGAGCGUCUUCAGCAAGACCAACAGAAGUUGGAGUUGCAGCAUCAACUGAGGAGGAGCCUUCAGCAAAAAGGAUGAAGCCAAGUGAAAGCUCGUUGAGAAGAAUCGAGAUGGUCGAGAGGCGAUUGGUGGAGGUGAAGGUUGCCAAUGAGACUUACUACCACUUGGACAAUGUCAUCGAUGUUGACUUUGUGAACGCUUGGGAGUCUGAAGAUGUGGAGAUGAUUGAAGAGAAGGCCAAGGAUGUAAAUGACAUCGAGUCUUUGUGGUCUGACGAUCCAUUGACGAGAUCACCGCCUGAGCCACUACCUGAGGUAGAUCGCCUGGCUGAUGAGAUCGAAGUCAACAGAUUGCAGGAGAUGGGUGUCAUCGAGAAGCUUGCCCUGAAGGACUACGAGUUGGAACUUCUUACAACUCGAAUGGUCUAUGACUGGCGCAUCAAGGAUUGGAAAGAUCCCAAAACAGGUUCAAAACGGAGAAGGCUGUUACCAGCCAUCUACCUGAUGCUCACUGCGGUGGACGGCAUUGACCAGGAGGAGAUCCAGAUUGGUUCUUUGGACAUCAAGGACGCUUUCUUGAUGGCUGAUCAAGAAGAACCUCUACAGGUCACUACAAAGGUUGGAAAAUUCAAGGUGAAGAAGAACCUCCCUGGUCAAAGAAAGGCAGCGAGGUCGUGGUAUGAGUUCAUUGCCAACUACUUGGAAAAGAAGGGCGUGACUCUCUGCCCUGAGAACCCAUGUCUUGGACGACGAGGAGGUGGACUUUUUCUACUUCUACAUGUGGAUGACAUGAUGUUUUGUGGAAUGAAGUCGGAAGUGGAGAAGCUUAUCCAGGAGUUGAAAUCCGAGCUCAACACCUCCUACAAGACGAUUGCACAACAUGAAGGAGAUCAGUUCGAGUUCCUGAAGAGAAAGUACGUGCUGAGGGAGGCCUUUGAGAAACGCUAUGGUCCGGUGAAACUUCAACAAGUUCCUUGCGGAGAUGACGCACAGGAAAUCUCAACGUCUGGACCAUUGUUAAUGGAAGAGGCCAAGUUGUAUCGAUCACUGGUUGGAUCUGGCAUUUACCUGUCCCAAGAGCGCAUUGAGAUUGGGUUCAUCAUCAAGCAGCUGGCAAGUGGUAUGAGCAAUCCAUCGAGAGGUCAUUUGCAGGUGAUGAGAAAGCUAAUCGGGUACCUCAAGAACACUCGUGGUCACUACAACCGUCUGAAAGCUCCCAGUCAUGGACAAGGAGUUCAUCACCACUAUGAUUCGGAAUGGAUCUUGGUGACCUUCACCGACUCAGAUUGGUCGGGAGAUCGAAAAACAAGGAGAAGCACGAGCAGUGCAGUUCAUUGCUUGAAUGGCAUCGUGGUCUACCACAGCAGCCGAGGACAGCGUGUGGUGAGCCUUUCAAGUGCCGAAGCUGAGCUUCAUGGACUUGUUGGAGGAGCAGCUGAUGGCAUUGCGCUGAGGAUCUACUUGCAGUUUCUGUUGGAUGAGGAGGAGAUUCAACAUGUGUGCCUCAUCGACAAUUCAGCGACCAAGCAGAUCUCCAACAAACGUGGCACAGGGAAGCUGAGACACGUUUCAGGAAAACUACUUUGGAUCCAGGACCAAGUCAGCAUGAAGGUCUUGGAGGUGAAGCAGAUCAGCACUUUGCUGAACAUCGGAGACAUUGGCACGAAACCAUUAGGCAAAGGACGUCUCUAUGCUCUCAUGUGCUGGUGCAAUGUCUUUACAAAAGAAGGAGUUCCAGUUGGAGAAGAAGAAGCUGCAAAAGCCAAAGAGACCCACUACAAUAAGACGAGCGUGAUGAGGAUUGCAAAACUGAUUCAACGAGUGGUUUUGAUUGGUGGCCUUGAGCAGGCUAGCGGUGAGUUGGUCCCAUUUCGCAUGGAUCUCGAGACUGUGGAGGUCUACAAGGAGCGAAGUUGGACAUUCAUCUACAUCACUGUCAGUCUUCAGGAAAAUGAGAUACAGAUGCAUCACAUGCACAUCACUGCGAUGAAUGUGGCAAUCAUUCGCAUGGGUGGCUAUGUGAACAUCAAUGAUCCCAUCGCAGAGCAGGAUUGGGACAACUGGAACUAUGUGGAGCGCAACAACAAGACUGAUGACUUCAGAAAGUCUGGAGAUGAUGACGAGACUGAGGAGCCACCACAACGACCUGAAGAACUUGGAGAGGAAGAAUGGCCUGAGAACGUCAGGGAAGAGAGACGUGACACUCUUCCAGAAGCCUUUGAAGGUGAACCAGAGCAAGCUGGAGGAGAAACAGAAGAGAUCGAUGGAGAACAUGCAGAAGGAGAAGAGUCUGAGAGCGAGUUGGAAAGAUCGCAGUCUUUCCAUAGUGGCACAAACGACACAAUCGCGAGCCAAUUCAUGACGGAGGAGGUGGAUGUGAGCAAUACCGAGGUCAACGGCGACAUGUCCGACUUCCCCUUCAUGCCAAAGCUCAAACGCCUCGCCCUCAACUCGAGCUUCGUCGCCGGAGACCUCCAGGUACUGGGAGACAAAGUGAAAGAACUUGAGAUCUUGGAGGUGGCCUUGACCAAAGUGCUGGGGGACAUCUCGGCCCUAAAGGCCUUGCCGGCGCUUCGCGAAGUAGAUGUCACUUCGACCAUGGUCGCUGGAGACAUCAGUUCCUUGAGCCCUAAGCUGACGAAGGCCAUCUUCAGCUGGAGUAACGUCAGCGGGGACAUUCAAAUCUUCAGCCAAUUCCAGGAUCUCACAACUCUAGCGCUGGACCACACCUUCGUCCACGGGGACAUCAAGGCAUUUCAGCAGCUGGGCACGCUGACAACUCUGAACUUGGCAUCCACCUUGGUCUUUGGGAAGAUCAAAGUCUUCGAAAAUGCCUUGGAGUCGUUGAGGAAGUUAGAUCUGAGCUCGACAGCUAUCACGGGCGACAUUCAAGUCAUUGGAUACCCCAUGACGGUGGGGAAACUCACCGACAUCCUUCUGGACAACACGGGGGUCUUCGGAGACAUCGCAGUCUUCAAUAACCUCUGGAAGUUGGAGAGGGUCUCGCUGAGUCAUACGCAAGUUUCCGGAGAUGUGGAGAAUUUCGCAGUUGACCGCACUCGGACGUGGACAACCAGCAAUGUGAAAGAACUCUCUUUGAGUUUCUCACACGUGCACGGUUGCAUCGACCACUUGGGCAGUAACCACAAAUUGGUGAAACUGGACCUGGCUUCCACUGCAGUGACGGGUGAGUUCCGACAAUUGAUGAGAUGUCGUGAAUUGCAAAUGGUGGAUUUGUCCAAUACCUCCGUGAAUGGAUCCUUCAACUUUAUCAAAGCAUGGGCAGGAGUGAAACUACACAAGUUGGAAACCUUGAAGCUUUCCAACACCAAGAUAACACUGGGGAGAAACCGCACAGAAUUCAACCCCGUCUCUAUCAUCACCGCUGUCCGAGAAGUUGCCUUGGAGGCGAGGGUCGACGAGUUGCGGUCAUGA